AAAUCGGAGAAACUUUUGGCCGUACGUCUUAAUGUGAUAUUAUCCAUAUCCAUUUUGUGUGAGGAUGCUUUGUGCUGAAGCAGUGUGCUACGGAAUGUGUACGUUCUAGAACGUAUUUCCCAGGUUCAGAUUGUAUUUAAUGAUAUGCUCGGUGUUCGGGUGUUUUUUUUAUCAUCAGUGAACAUUUCGUGAAUAUCUUUUUUUCAAACUUCAAAAUCUAAUCAAGGCAAACAAUCUUUGAUAGUAAAGCUGUUGAUUCGGCGAAAUAAAAUACGAAGUUAACUAUAUCUCGCGGUUUCAUCCAGUACGAGAUGUUUCUCCCUCUGCUCUUUCGGAGUAGAAUUUUUCUAUUCUCGUUGCCUGCACUUAAAAUAUCUGUUCAUACAACUCCAUUGCAAUUCCAGAGGCUAAAGAAUCAAAAUAUAAUACAGCGUCUAUUUUUCCAACGCAGAAAUCAGCUGUGAAAGCUUUCACUAUAAAAUUUGACAAUUGGUCAAUAAAGCAGCCUAAAAAUGCCUUCAACGUGUGGUGAUCCUCAGGAAGUAUCCGCUCUGACAGUGCAGCCUGGAUUGGAUGGUGUUUCCAGCACCGAUAGUGUGGGUACCCACAGUGACGUUUCCGGAAAUACAACAAUAUCUGGUAGGCCUAGAAUGGAUGUUGCUUGUGUUCUGGACCUUCAACAGCCAGAACAUAUUGCACAGAGAAAAAGAGCUCUGGAAGAAGUCAAACAAGCUUGCAACUCAGUGAAUUCGGAUAUGCAUCACAUUCAGUUCGAGAAACUCGAUUUCGGUGAGACGAAUGUACUGGACACGUUUUACAACGCGGAUGUUGCGGUCGUAGAUCUGAGUAUUCAGCUGCAGCAAUCCGCAUUGUUUUAUCAUUUAGGAGUGAGGGAGAGUUUCGGGAUGAAAGAAAAUAUUUUGUUGUACAAUGACAUGGACAGUGAAGCUACGAUCAGGCUUAAGUUAUCUUGCGGCAGUUACACCUUCGUUUCGUAUCGUGUCCUGGACUGUGGCUCUUGCGUCGCAACGAGUCUAGCAUCUAGUCGUCUCACCGGUGAAGAAGUUGCUGAUCCCAAGCAACAAUUAACAAUUAGACUGAAACGAUUGCUUCAAGAUGUUGAAGUUCAAUCAAAAGCACACAUGAAGGAGAAGUUCUUGGCUGAUCUGCGAAAAGCUCGUGAAAUGUAUUCCGGCGAAGAAUUGGCCAAAGCUUUGAACAAUAUGCGCAAACGCUUGGACGAUCCGAACGUUCUGUCGGGUGAAGUGAUACUCAAUGUGUUAAUUUCGUUUCGAGAAAUUCAAGGAUAUGAUGCAAUGGUUCAACUCGUUGAUGACUUGCGAACGAUUCCGAAUCACAAGACUUAUAUAAAUACACCUGCGAUUCGUUAUUUGUAUGGUUUUGCCCUGAGUCGACGAAACAAAGAAGGCGAUCGAGAAAGAGCGGUUCGCGUGAUUGAGAAAGCUCUCGAGAAAAAGGAAAAUCAUGUGCCUGACAUGUUGUGCCUCUGUGGAAGAAUUUAUAAAGAUCAGUUUGUUGAAAGUCGUCACACCGAUCAAGAAAGCUUGAAAAAUGCAAUUUAUUGGUAUCGAAAGGGUUUCGAGGUUCAACCGAACGCUUACGCUGGUGUGAAUCUAGCAACUUUGCUCGUAAUAGCUGGAAACGAGUUUUCGAAAAGUGAAGAGCUUCAACACAUAGGAAUGGUUCUAAAUAAUUUGAUUGGCAAAAAGGGUAGUUUGUCGAGUAUUAAAGAUUAUUGGGGCGUUGCCACCUUCUUCGAGAUAAGUGUUCUCGCCGAGGAUUAUUCCAAAGCUAUCCAAGCUGCGGAGUGUAUGUUUAAACUAAAGCCCCCUAAUUGGUACCUCAAAUCAACGAUUGGCAAUAUUUCGCUCAUCGAUAGAUUUCGUAAGAAAAAUGAAGAAGGCGACGUUUCACCGGAGGAGCAGAUUUUCAGUUUUUGGAUGGACUUUUUCGUCGAAGCGACAAAGACCGAAGUCGGAGACAGCAUAAGGUUUCCGCUUCUCAUUCUAGAACCAACGAAAAUAUUGAUGCCUAGUUACGCAAACGUGAACCUCGGUGCCGAGGAAAAAUCUAUACAAAUAUGGAAUUUAUGUCUGGACAGCAUGAAAAACAAUUGCAAACAAGUUCACGAUUGGCUGUUUGCGGCUAACAUGAUUCGGAGCGUCAGCCUAUACAAACGCGAUGAGAGAUGCUUGUUUCUUUACGUCCAUGAAAACUCUGAUGAUUUUCAAAUGUAUUUUCCAUCUGCUCAGUACAGACAAAGGUUCUAUGAUCUUGUCUUGGAAAUGACCGCUGAUCAGGAAGGCAUGGUUGCUGAUCUCGACGCCUACAUGACCUGUGAUCGGAUGAAAGUUGAGUACGAAUUGGACGAUCAAAACAAACGCAUUGUCUUGGGGAAAGGUACAUACGGAGUGGUUUACGCCGCUCGCGAUUUGAACACUCAAGUAAGAAUCGCUGCAAAAGAAAUUCGCGAGCGUAAUUUGGGGGACGUGCAACCGUUGCACGAGGAAAUAAAAUUGCACAGUCAACUGCGACACAGAAAUAUCGUGCAGUAUUUAGGCUCCAUAAGUGAGGGAGGAUUUUUCAAGAUUUAUAUGGAGCAAGUUCCGGGAGGCAGUUUGUCGGCAUUGCUGCGAUCGAAAUGGGGCCCGCUCAAAGAAAGCGAGUCGACGAUAUCGUUUUAUACAAAACAAAUAUUGGAGGGACUCAAAUAUCUCCACGAUCAAAAAAUUGUUCACCGAGAUAUAAAAGGUGACAAUGUAUUGGUAAAUACGUACAGCGGUGUCGUCAAAAUAUCAGAUUUCGGAAUGUCAAAAAGGUUGGCUGGUUUGUGUCCGAGUACCGAGACUUUUACAGGAACGUUGCAAUACAUGGCGCCGGAAGUUAUCGACAAGGGGCAGCGCGGUUACGGAGCGCCGGCUGACAUUUGGUCACUGGGAUGCACGAUAGUCGAAAUGGCAACCGGAAAACCGCCAUUCAUAGAGCUCGGCUCUCCUGAAGCUGCAGUCUUUAAAGUGGGCUAUUACAAAAUUCAUCCGGAGAUUCCAGCAGAAAUGUCUGAAAGAGCGAAAAAUUUCAUCCUUCGAUGUUUCGAGCCAAAUCCAGACAUCAGAGCAACCGCCUCGGAAUUAUUAGAAGAUCCGUUUCUCACCGAAAAAAAGAAAAGUUCGAGACUCGCAGCACCACCCGAUUUCAGUCGAAGUAUAUCAGUACCAGCUGAUAGGGCUCUUGGAAAAUUCGACAAAACUAAUAACAAUCACAUCGUCACAUCGACAACCGCGAUGCAAACUUCACAAUCUGACGAUAGCGGAACUAUGACGAAAUCGAGUCCGCUGCGAGAGCGAAGUCCGGCCCAUCUUCUGUCACCCAUCAGUAUGCCUACCGCCUCUUUGUCUUUCAACAGUACGAUCGGUAGCACACCGUCGAUCGAGACGAGCGAAUCCGACACAGCAGGCGCGUCGAUGACUCGAAGAAGUUCCUCCGGGGGAUUAUUGUCUCCUGAAGUAGAAUUAACAGGCCAAACGGGACAAAAAACGGGGGAGGAACAGGAAGGUUUUUACCUUUUGAAAAAAGAUAGUCAACGUCGAAUGACACUCACUAGAGUUUUGAGCCAAGAUGAGACGACCAUUUGCGAAGUAUGGAUGCGAAAUAUUCUUCAGGAUGUUGGCCACACGGUUCUUCAAAUGAACCAUUUGGAAUUACUGAUGCGAAGCUUGCGAGAUUAUAUUUCUGAGCAGCAUCAGGAUGUCAUAACGACAGCCGUGAGAACGCUCAAGGAGGAAUUGGAUUUCGAUUCCACUGCGAUAAAUCAUUUGCAUCUCGCUAUAUAUCUCUUCCAAACGGCGGUUAAUGAGGUGCUCAGGAGACACAGUAUAAAACCUCAUUGGAUGUUCGCAUUGGACAAUCUAGUCAGAAACGCUGUUCAGGCUGCGAUUACAGUACUUUCUCCAGAGCUCGGUGCAAAUUUGAUGGGCCACGAGAGAGUUCAACCAACGGGAGAAGGCGUUGAGGAAGAAUCGACAUCUGGUGUGUCGACUGUGAAUUCAGUAAAAUCUCAAAAAAUUGUUGAUUCAAUCGACAACAAAUAUUGGCGAGAAUACAGAGAUCAGAUGGGCGUGUUGAAGUUGGAAAAUAUGAGACUGCUUCAAGAACUGUUGGAAUGUCAAAAAACGUAUCAGACGAUGUUGCAUCAAGCUCUGGAAGAACAAAAAGCACAAAUUGGAACUCUUACACAACUGUGUGAGAAUAUGAAUCGAAGAUUCACGAGACAGGAAUCUGGAUAUCAUUCUUCCAUCAAAGAUCGUAGUGCAGAGACACUUUUGCUACCUAAUAUACCACAAAUAAGCGUGACUGAUCACAAUACGUCAUCGAAUCCGGACUCCAGGCUCGUAGAAUGGCUCGAAGGACUCGGGAUUGAUGAAAACUCGAUUCAAAGGUUUGUUUACGAGGAAUACACUCUAGAGGACGUACUGUUUCAUGUGUCUCGUGAUGAUUUACGAAGGCUCAAUUUACGUGGCGGAGUGGAAUUGAGAAUUUGGCUGGCUGUCAGGCUGCACCGAAAGGACAAUGAUCUGUGACCCGAGCUUCGUAGUAUAAAAAUUUGUACAGUAUAUGAAUAAUUUAAAAGGAAUAAGCAUGCAAAAAACGCACAAACAAUCGUUACUAACUCUUAGCUGAGAGGAAAGAGUUUGCAAUUUUUUAAUGAACUCUCACGUACGUAAUAUUAUGAGAAAAAACGUUUUUGAUCCAUCAUGGUAUUUUUCUUCCGACAAUUAUACCAAUUCUCCAGUGCCUUAAAGACUAAACUAUUUGCAUAUAUAAUUAUAUAUAAAUCAUCACGUUACUACGUAAUAUCGUUACUGCGCUUUUUUCACAAAAUUUUCGCUGCCCACAAUCCAAAGAAUUUUUUUGAUUGUUUGGAGCUAUACGUAACAUACAUGAAGAUUUUUUCUCUCAUACGUACGCGUAACAAAUCGAUGAAUUUUUGUCUUCCUGCUGCAUAACCGUUGCGAGUAUUCCACUUGGAGAGUAUUGUACAUAAAAAAACUUUCGUAAGAGAAAUAAAAAAUGAGCAGUAUUGGUUCAUGCUCCUCAAUUUGACGUUAUUUUUGUUAGAUGAAUCUGAUGUCUCCGAAACAAAAGCCUUUCCAAAACUAUGAUAGAAGCUGAACGAGAUGACAAUGUAAUUCCGAAUUUUGUAAAAUUUCCAAACUCCUCAAUCUGACGAUGAAGCAAUGGAUUUUUUCUGAGUUGAACUAUAAAAAUGUUAAUUGGAAAUAUUGAAAGCUGGUUUCAUGUGCGGAAAAAAACGCUCAGAAAUCUGAAUGAAGAAUCUCCGAGUGUUCCUAGGAAGAGCAAUAUUGAGGUUUAAAUCGAAAUUCUUAGAAUGUUCAAAUUCAUUGAGAUUUCAAAUAAAUAUUGGAAAAUAUUCAGAAUAUAUUUUUUCUCAAGUUUACGAAAAAUUAGCUUCCCGAUUCGAAACCAUAAUUCACGUUGAAAUUGGCGAAACUAUUGUUACAAGGAAAAUAAAAAAGCUUGUCCGUCAAACGAAAAA